GGUGAGCGGCUCCUCCGCGCCGCUCCGGUGCGGGCAGGCGAGUUUUCCGAGCCCCCGCUGCCCCCUUUGUCAGCAGGUGAACGUGAGGUCCAGCCGAGGCUCGAAGCGCUGCUGGGUCCUGCGGUAAUUGUAUUGUGGAUGGGGCAAAACAGUGGACAUCAAGAAAGAGGCAAGAAACCAGAGCUGGCACUAAGUGAGACCAUGGAGGCAGAAGCUGAAGUACAAAGUAAUAAAGAUGAAGCCAAAGAGCUGAAGGCCAAAGAACGGAGGCUGACAUCAGUCUUUGGUGUGGCAGACUUAAAAAAUGGAGCUAUUGGACUGUAUAACCUUGGACAGAGCUGCUGUCUGAACUCUCUACUCCAAGUGUUCCUCAUGAAUAUACACUUCACAGGGAUACUUCGAAGGAUCACAGUGCCACCGUGUGCCGCGCAGAGGAGGAGCAAUGUCCCGUACCAAAUGCUCCUGCUGCUGGAGGAGAUGCAGCGUGGCAAGCGCAAAGCUGUUCGCCCCACAGAACUCGCUUGCUGCCUUUCAGCGCACAGAGUGGAAUUGUUUGUGCAGCAUGAUGCUGCUCAGCUGUUUCUGCGUCUCUGGAACUUGAUAAAGAAGCAGAUGAAAAAGCUAGAGCUGGUUGAAGAGCUGAGUGAUUUGUACACUAUCUGCGUACAGGAGCAUCUGGCCUGUCAGAAUUGCUCUUUUGAAAUAAAGAACAACAGCUGCAUGUUAACUCUUCCACUGCCAGUGUUGGAUUCCAAUUCUCACAGGCUGAAGACUCUGGAGGACUGUUUACAGUACUUUUUCCAUCCAGAAGAGCUGACUGGUCAAAACAUGUGUUUCUGUCAACAAUGUGGAAUGAAAACACCUUUCUUGAAGAGCAUGAAGCUCGUCUAUCUGCCACAGACUCUGACCAUACACCUAAAGCGCUUCUGCUUCGAAAAAUCAUCCUACACGCACAAGCUCAGUCACUAUCUCCCAUUCCCACGGGACCUUGAUUUCAAUGGAGUCUUGACAGAAAAUCAGUGCCACGCAGAUGACAAUGAAAAGGCUACCUGGCAGUAUGACCUUUUUGCUGUCGUUGCUCAUUCAGGAUCAGCUAGUUGUGGACAUUACUGUGCCUACAUUCAAAGCCUCACAGAGCGUAAAUGGUAUUGCUUUAAUGAUUCUCAGGUUUGCCAGGUAUCAUGGGAUGAUGUUAAAUGCACCUAUGGACAUUCCAACCUCCACUGGGGAGAAACGGCCUAUCUUUUGAUUUACAUGAAAAAACAUCCUCAGCAGCCCUAUCCAGGACUAUCAGAGUGUCUGGGAAAGCUGUGAGUUGUCCAUGGAGCUCAGCACCUCUGUGCAAGAGCGGACAUGCACAAAUGUUCCAUAAGAAAGACAUUUUGCACUCAGCAACCUCUAUGUUCACAUUUAUUUAUGAAAAACACUCAGCUAGAAGAAGGAUCUAAGAACUGUUGCAACUAAAACUUUUUCUUUCAUAUAUUUUUUAUAUUUAUGUGAUUCUACAUAUUCUUUUCAUCUUUAAAAGAUAAUGAGUUAGUCCUUGUCUCUGCUGACUUAGCAUUUUCCUUAAUGCUGAUGCCUAAAUUCCCAUACAGGGGAAGUGUUUGGCCUGAAAACCUGUGUGAUAUUCCAGAGAGGUGUGUGGUAUGACUGGGGAGCACUGAUAGCCAUACCUGACCAGUAAGAGCUUGAGACUUUGCCCUUUUAGCACCAUGUGAGAUGCUGGCAAGCUAGGCAGGAGACCCCAGAAAUCACCAGAAACAUCUGCAGGAAGGAUCAAAACCUUUAUGCCACAUGCCAGUGACUCUUACUCCUUAAAACCUCCCUGAAAAUGAGUCACUACAGGGGCUGAGAUGUAUUUGAAAGUUGGCAUCAGCACAAUGAGGUGUUUUAAAUCAGGAGCUUUUGCAGCAGUUCUGAUUUACAAGAUGAAUAUAUAUAUAUAUAUUUAUGCAGGUGAUUCAUAUAUAUUUGUGCAGGUGAUUAUUGUUUUAACACACUUAUCAGGUGUUUAUACACAUUUUCUUUCCUGUAGAGAGGGAAAUAUUCAGAGUAACAGAGAUUCUGAAGCUAAUUAGUGAUUUUGCACGAUGCAGGGCAAUACACUGUGAUAGGGGAAGUAAGAUGCCUUGCUGUGCUUGAACUUUUGGGAUUUUCCUUAAGUAUUCUUCACCUGGUUGCCAGCUGGAAUUGUCUUGCCCUCUUCUUUCCCUUUCUGCCCUUGAGGUGGGAAUGUCCCUCAAGCAGAAAAUGUUCUAGAGAGAACAAUUGUAUAAAGAAAGUGGGUAAUUUUUAAAUCUCCUGUUGAGUCCCGUUACUCUGUGCUGUUGGUUCCACCUGUACUCCCGUGGCAAGACCACACAGAGGGAAAAUGUAAAGAGAGCUAGAAAGGAAGGUUGGUCACAUGUGACAGCGUGAAGAAGAGUGUUCUGAAGGCUCAUCACAAGGCUCCAUUGUGAGGAAAGUCAAAAACUUUGAUUGUGAUGCUUUUAAUGCCCUGGUGGCAUUAAGUCUUGUUGUACCACAUCCUGUGAAGGGAUCGAGGAUUCCAGCAGUUUGACUGUAUCUUUACAAAGGUGCUAUUUUUGCGGGACUGAGCACAUUUUAAAAUUCCUAAUGUAGAUUUAAUAGCAGCUAUCAAAAUAAUUAUAUUUUGAUAGUGAUGAUGAAGUUCACAAAUCAUGUCUGUUUUCUGUUGGUAUGUGGAAGGUAAAUUGAGAAAUUAUGGAGCAUAGCUAUGAAAUUACACUUUCAUAGUGUAGCAGGUAUUUAUUUUGCUGUAUAGCAAGGUCCGUUAUUCUGCUCAACUCUCUUUUAUUUAUACUGCUCCUUCUUCGUUAAAAUAUCCCGGUGUGUUGUUUGUCACCAGGAUGAGGAAUUUUCACUCUAUUCACAUACAAGAAUGUGUUUCAAUCUUUCUAAAGCACCUUGCAAUGGAUGAGUAAGAAAACCAAGUUCCUGUUUGCUUUGUCCUGCACUUUGCCGAAGUGAAGGAGCAGAAAAACAAUGCACUUCCAGAAACUGGGAAAUUAAUGGGUUAAGAGACUGACAAGACAUUUCUAGUUAGAUAUAACUUGAAAUUUGAAAACUUAUGCUUAUGAAAAAUGCCUUAAAUGUGUCAUAACCUUCCAGGGAUGUUACCCAUCAAGGAAGCAAUUGCAGAGAUACAUUAAGAAUCUUUCCAGUCAGUGAAAAAAUAUUACUCUCAAUGAAAAGUAGUAAGUGUUUUUUGAAUAAAAUACUACGUGAUAA